GCCAAGAUACAAACUCAUGCCCUUCCUCCAGGCCUACUUCAGAGGUAGCACCAGCAACUCCAAAUUCCAUAACCUCUAUUCCUAGUUCUCAAAAUCAUACCACAGUUGUGAAAGAAGAAAUCUCACUGGAAGAAUGUUCAUCAUCUCACAGAUCCCUGAUGAAUGGAAAUUCUUCAUCCCCCACAGAAUCUGAGGGCAACUUCACAGUAGCAGAAGCUGUGACGUGCCAGCCCCAAAGCCGAGUCACUGUCCAGAUUCCUUCAGACUUGACUUGUGUCCCUUUGCUACAAAACGGUGCUGGAUAUUUAUCAGAUGAUCUCAGCAAUUCUAAGGGAGAGGCUGGCAAUGGGAUCUUGUGUUCCGAACUUAGAUCACUGUCAAGUUCCCAGAAGCCUCAUCGGAAACUGCAGUCCCAUCACUCCAUCAACAGCCAUAUCAGCAAAAAAAGCAAGAGCAGCACCAAAUCAGCAUCCUCUCAAAUCCCUACAGAAGCACAGGAAGACUGCUGCGUCCACUGUAUUCUCUCCUGCCUCUUCUGUGAGUUCCUGACCCUCUGCAACAUCAUGCUGGACUGUGCCACUUGCGGCUCCUGCAGCUCCGAGGAUUCUUGCAUCUGCUGCUGCUGCUGUGGCUCUGGGGAAUGUGCUGAUUGUGACCUGCCCUGUGACAUGGACUGUGGCAUCAUUGAUGCCUGCUGCGAGUCAGCUGAUUGCCUAGAGAUCUGCAUGGAGUGUUGUGGCCUUUGUUUUUCUUCCUGAAGCCAAAUUUUGAUCCUUGAACAGGAGCUCUGAGUGGGACCCUUCCUUAGGGGAAAACUGUGCUGAUUAGGUCUCUGUUGUUCUUCUUUAGUUAUCAGAUGACUGAGGUUUGAGAAGGUCCAAGUUUGAAAGAGGAGAACUGACUAGAAGAGUUGACAGGGUUAACUCUAUUAAAUACAAUUCUGGGCUCAGAAACAGUUUAGAAGAUGUGGUUCUUUUUUCCCAGACUGCAAUGAAAAGUUUGAAGAACAAGCAGUAUAUCUCCAUGUAGUCGUCUUCUUUAUUCUUUCUCUUUGCCCUCACAUCAGAAUCUUCCACAUGGAGGCUGGGGAAUAGCAGUGUUCCUGUUGCCUGAGCCAAAUACCAGAGAAGAAUAGUUGCACAGCUAGCUAUGCUGGUUGGUUGAGAUCUGAAGCAAUUGCACAAAGCCAAAGAUCACAGCAGACAUGCACUGGCUGUUUCUAGUGUGUCAGUAAGUUGUCCCACCUACUGGCCCAGCUGCAGGGGUGGUUCUAACUCUGGCACUUACUGCUGCCUUAUCUGAUGCCUGCUAUUGGGUAAUUAUGCUGCCUCCUGAACACACUGGGCACCCAAAGGAAUGGCAGCUCACCUAAUGUGCCAAGAAGGAAUGCUUUCGUGCAAUUGUUCUGGGUUUAUCCCUGGCACAUCAGCUAAAUUCUUCCAGUAACAUGAUGAAGGGAACAGCCCCUAAUUCAUCCUUAAGGAUGUGGAUUCACUUGGUAUCUGUCAGCAGCUAGGAGCUGAUUUUUCCUGUGAAUUCUUUGGGGAGAGCCAUAUCUCAUCCUUUCUGCCCCACCCUUCACCUGUCCAUUGAUAGGAACAUAUCCCUGUUGGGACUGUAUAAUUCCAUGUGACCAGAACAUGCCACUCUUCACUGUUUAUGUACAAAGUUGAGAGCCAUUUUGCCACUGCUGGGGUCUGACAGAAGAAGCUUUUGAACAGAUUGGGAGAGAUUAUUUGUUUAAAAGAGGACAAGGGAAACGGUUGUCCCUUGCUUUUUCCCACAGCAGAGAAAUACUAGACCUAGUUCAGAGACACCAAAUAUGAGUCACUCCUAUUAAAAAAAUACUUCAUAUCCUCUUAACGAGAAAACUGACAAGAAGACAGCAAGACAUCCAAUAUCCUGGGGAGAGUGGGUGGGACACUUUGUAGCAAAUAAGGGCAGUCCUCUGCCUCCUUGUAGUAUGGGAAAAGUUUUAUGUUUUGUCUGUUUUUAUUUGUUACUGUAAAUAAAAAUAUUUUUCA